AUGGCCGCCAUCGUUCCCGGCGAGUUCGACCUCGAGAUGCUUGCGGCGGCCUCGCUCGGCGUCACGCGCGUUCCUGGGGGCGGGGGAGGCGGCGAACUGGUGGGGUCCGAGGAGGAAGAAGAGUACGACGAGGACGAGGACGAGGAAUACGACGAAGACGAGGACGAGGAAUACGACGAAGACGGGGACGUGGAAUACGACGAAGACGAGGAAGGCGGGAAAGACGAGGGAGACGAGGAGGAGGGAGACGAGGAGGAGGGAGACGAGGAGGAGGGAGACGAGGAGGAAAAGGAGGAAGACGAAGACGAUACGGUGCCUUUGCCCGAGCGCAAGGUAUACACGGGACCCGGUCCCUUCCCCAAGGGCGCGAUCGUCGGCGACCUCGCGAAGAGCCUGUCGAUGUAUGGCGGCGAGUUCGUGCCAUAUAUACCGCUCUGGCGGUUCCGGCCAUACUACGGGGAAUACCAGGAGGCCCUGCCCGAUCACUUCACCGCGGAAGAUUAUAUGCCGGAUGACCCGGACUUUAUCGCAGGCCCGGAAGAGGACCAGGACUGCUUAGGCAUAGGUUCACUGGUUAAAGACGGCCUAAAGGCUCGAGAUCACCCUUUUGCAGGGCGGAUGUCGGGUUACGACGAAGAAUACGAAGAUAGCGACGAUGACGACGCCGACAAAAGGAGGGAGAGCGCUGGAAAACCGACAAGAGAAUCCAUUCUAGCUCGUUUCUCAGUCGAUGCAACCUUUACACCUGAUCGGGACCAGGCUUAUUACAUGUCUGCAGCGGCACAGUUCUUACAAGAACUCUUCAAGUACUGCGCUCGUCAUGAGAUCACCGUGAAAGAAUUUUCGGACCAGGAUAUCGAUACUCUGCAAGGCAGGAUAGAGUGGAGUAUUCUGGAUUGGCCCUCUGAGGUACGCAAUCUGAUUACCGGGUGGUUUUACUACCAAGUUCGCGCGGAAAGGGCUCAACUGCGAGCAACGGCCGGGAAGGAUCUAGAUCCUGAGCAGUUGUUCGACCCGAAUCACAUUCGGGUUGUCGGUCUCAGCGACAUCUAUCGGGCGUGGUCCGUGACGGAAGAUACUUCGGUGGAUGGAGAGGGGAUGAUAAUGUCCCGCUAUGAGAUACCCCGACACGUGCAAUUUCGGUUUCCAAGUGGUAGCCCCUUAUCAGAAUACCGUUGGUUCGGCGCCGAAGUCAUCAGCCCCGUCCUGCCGGUCGGCACCGAGGUCACCGCCGAGACAAUCCGCCGGGCCUGCGCUUCGCUCCGGAACAGAUUCCGCAUCCACAAGCCCAUGGAGCGCUCGACGGGAUUCCACGUGCAUCUGGGGCACAAACACGGAUGGAAUCUACUGCACCUGAAGAGAUUUAUCACGUUGUGGCUCCUGAUCGAAACGACGCUCGUACGGAUCCAUAGAAAAGACAGAGGUUCGGACUACAUGAAGAUAUGGUGCGGGCCGCUCACCGAAACCACUCGGCUCGCGAGAUACCACGGAGCCACCAACAACAUCGAACGCGAAAUCUUCGAAGACUACGUACCGCGGACGGCGCCGUACGCGAGAAAUCGCAACCAACAAAGGAUGCGAGCGCACGUGCCCAUGCACCUGCUCGAAGAGAAGCUUGCCGACUUUGUCAACCAUGUAUGGCUGUACACGUCGAUCGACUCGAUAGUCGACGCCUUCUCCGGCGCGGCCAGCAUGCGGCCCGGGGUGAGGAUACGCAUAAGCGGAAAUAAGGUUUCCCAACGCCCAGGCAGCGGUCUUCCGCAGACGAUCGAAGUCAGAACGAUGCAAGGGACGCUCGACGCCGACCACAUAAACCACUGGAUCGUCGUCCUGACGCGCAUCUUGUACUACACGCGUAGGGCUACGGACGAGGAGUACAGGAUGAUGCUGGAGGAGGUCCUCAAUACAGCGACGCCGACGCGAGACGUCGGCCGACUGCUGGAAGCGCUCGGCGUGCCGGACCGGACGACCCAGUACUUCCUGGAUGGGGCGCGCCGGAAGCUCGACGCAAAAAGCGGUGUCAAGUGGUGGGCGUACCCAGACGACGACCUUGUCGAUUGGGCCGACCCAUUCAUGGCGCGUGGCCACGGAGCGACACACGGUCCUGAAUGGGACGAGGUCGUGACUGCCGGCGACAGGUCUCCUGAGGGGGGGAGGAAGAGGAAGCGGAAGAGGCCAACCGACGACAAUGAGGAUGAGGGGGGGUUGAGAGCAGGUCUUCGUGGCCUUGACAUCCGGAGGUAG